UCAUGACACCUCCCAACAGUGGCUCACCGCAGGCUGCCUGAGUUUGGUCUUAAAACCAAUACUGAGUGUCCCACGACACACUGGCGUGGAGUGCGCUGCACUGCUAACACAAAGGCAGGAAGAGGAGUUCAAAGGAACACAUUCGAACACUCUCUGCUGUACAGGUGAGUCCAUUCAGGAAAAUGUGACCGGGUGACGUCAGACUGUGACAACUUGAGCGAGAGUGACGUGACGGCAAAGAAGUGUUUCAGUGUGGGCCAGACUGAGCCAACAGGUGCUGCUCCAGUGGAGGAUUUCCAAACCGGGACAUGGAUUAUUGGCGACACUUUGGAUCGCGUUGAAGAACAGGUGGAUUCCGUUUGCGCGCUCCACUCCUUUCACCUUUAUGGGGAACCAGGUGGAGAAACUAACUCAUCUGAAUUACGUGGAAGUGCCCACGUCGGACCCGAAUGGCCUGGAGCCGGACGUGGACGACGGACCGCGCAUCGGCGUCUCUUACAUUUUCUCGAACGACGGUGGCGGCGACGACGACGACGAGGAAGACAAUUCGGAGCCCUUCCCACCGGAGAACCCCCUCGCGAAGCACGAAGAGAAGCCGUUCGCACCCGAAGACGAGCUGGAGUGUUCGGUUUACUUCCGAGAGGAGUGCAUGUUCGAGCGGGGCCCCGGAACCGCCACGCACUCGGCCGAGAGUCUGCUCAACAAGUGCAGACCCGGAGACGUGCUGGAGUUCGUGGCCACGGGACAGUACCCGCACUGGGCCGUGUACGUGGGCGACUUCCAGGUGGUCCACUUGCAUCGGGCGGAGAUCAAGAACGGCUUCCUCACCGACGUGAGUCAGGGCAAGAGGGGCCGCAUCGUGAACGCUCUCUACCGCUACAGGGCGCUCCAGCCGCAGAUGAUCGUCCGUAAUGCCGUGGAUCACGUGGGCUCCAGGGACCGAGAACUCUACUGGAGGAACUCCGAGUGCUUUGCGGCCUGGUGCCGCUUUGGUCGGCGAGAGUUUAAAAUCGGAGGAGAGAUCAGGAUCGGAAAACAGCCUUACCGCUUAAAUAUGCACUUUUCCGAUAAGAAGAGCCACGUCCUGGAGUUCCAGAGCCUGGAGGACGUGAUCAUGGAGAGGAGGAGGAAUGACCAGAUCGGGAAGGAUGCUGUAAUGCAAGAACUGGCCAAUCACCUGAACGCAGCGCAGGAUUUUCAAGAGGACUCUUUAGGAAACUGACGCUGGGUUUAAUUGCCUUUGGGCUGUGAGGGACUGAAUACUCUCAAUUAGCGCAGUUCUAUUGGUUUAAACAUAACUGUGCUAACAGGUGGAGUGACACUUGUUUACAUUCAAAUCCUCACACAUAAAGACACAAAAUGGGCAUCUAUCUAUUAUGUGACUUUUGUGGGAUGCAGUUGCACCUGUGAAAAAGCCAGCAUUUAAUAGCACACAGUCCUAUUUUUCUCUGUUUGUAGCCAAUCAUGUAUCACUUUAAAAAAAAAAAAAAAUAGUCGACUUCAUAUUUUUUCAACCUGUGCCAUAAAAUUUCUUUGAUAGAUUGUUUUGCAAUUUAAAAAUGAAAAGAUUACAGAAGAUGAAAAUUCCAAACACGAGCAGAGGGGGGAAAAAAGAAACAUGCAAGGUCCAGUGUUGAUCAAUAUGAUAAAGAAAAUAAAACUUGAGACAGAGUGGUCAGUUUUGUUGACUAAAUAAGGACACCAUUUUGCCACUGUUUUCAACAAAUCAUUUGGGAGGCAUAUUUGCGCACUCAAAAAAAGAGUGUUGAACAGGUUAAUACAAAAAUUAUGUAAAUAUAUUUUAUAGAGCAGAAUAUGCUCAUUCUUGUAUGUGCAACUUUGUGGUUUGAGCGUGCAAAGUUGUGACUGCACUUAUUUUUUUCUUCCUGUCAUAGUCAAAAUGCUUCUAUCCAAUCAUUGCACAGCUUUAACUACUUUUUGGAUACUUUGUCAACACUGUUUGAAGUCAUUAUUCAGCACUUUUAUUGAUACGUUUAUUUUUUUUAAAAUAAAAAAAUUUUGUAUGAAGGAAUCUGUAAAUAAAUAUUUGACCAAUGCAA